AUGGCAUUCAAUGCCCUCCCGAACGGCAUACAGGCCACCCAUCGACAUAAUGACUCGGCGCUUUACGUGGGCAAUGGCAAGGACGAGGCUGCGCGUAUGCGAAUCAAGGAGCUAGAGGAAGAGAAUCAUAUCCUCGCGCAAAAGGCCACCGACGCCUCGCAGCACUACGCCAACUACGAAAACCAGAUCCGCGUGCUGCAGACACAGCUCCAGCAACAGCGCCAUGAAGCCGCCAACGCAGCGCGUCUUGCCGCGGAACAAGAACAACCUGCGCCGCAGCCUGAUCGCAUGGGCCUUUCGCGGCUGGGUAGCUUCAUGCGUAAACCCUCGCUUGCCCCGACCUCAACUCCAUCGCACGAUUCCUCCGCGCGGGAGCAAGAACUCGAAGCCAGCCUUGCUAAAGAGCAGAAAGUCCGGAUAGAAGCAGAAAAGAAAGUGAAAGUGGUGAAUGCUGAGAUUGAGGAGCUCAGUGCUACUCUUUUUCAGCAAGCCAACGAUAUGGUUGCUGCAGAACGGAAAGAUAACGCAGCCCUCAAAGAUAAGAUCAAAGAACUUGAGAAGGCCGGCGGCAACGUGUCUGAGGUCAUGAGGAAGGAAAAUGAACGUCUCAAACAGAAGUUGCGGUCGUUUGAGCAGAGAGAGGUGGAAAGAAAAAGGAGGUUGGACAAAUUGGAAGCCGCUCAGAAGAGGAUUGACCGGGUUCGAACAAUGCUCAGGCCUCCUUGA